AUGGCGCCGUAUCAGCAGCAGGGCGCCGCUGCUGUAUCCUACCCAACCUCUAGCCUCCCACUCCCCAAGGCGCUGCGACAUAACCGCUCAUUCGCAUGUCUGGCGAAUCUCCUCGGAUUGGCUUCGACCAGUGAUGCUGACGGGAGUGAGCAGAAUGGGCACGGUGAAGAGGACGGAGAGGAGGACGAGGACGAGACUGGAGAUGUCGAUGAGGAUAGCCUAUUAUGGGAUGCUCAAACCGCGUUGAUCGCACAUCAACCCGCGCUUGCUAUUCAGCACUACACCAUCGCUGCCCUCCCGCCAUACCGCUCCUCUCCUGCCUGCCUGGCACUCGGUAACCUCCUCACUCGCGGCUCUGGUCUCGCUCCUGCCCCUCAAUCACCCUCAGAACAGACCUCCCGCUUCACCGCCGCUGAGAAAGGCAAAGGCAGAGCUUACUCGUUCGGUCCCAUGUCGCCAACUAUGCAGACUGGUCCCAAGUCGCCAGAAGCUCGGAGGGGUUCCGCACCUCCGCCAACUUCCCCAUCCCAAUCAGCCGUCUCCCGCUUUAUGGGUUUCGUGUGGCCUACAUCACCGCCAGAACGACCCGCGCCUGCCUCUCCGCCAGAAAGAACAUACACGGAUCUCGUCGCCUCCGGGUGGACCAUUCCGAAGGAGGGAAAGCGUGCGGUGAGAGAUGUCGAAGGAAUGGGCGUGGCGGGAGGUUGGUUCGUGCUCGGUCUGGGAUGGAUCGUGGACGGGCAGAUGGCAUUAGGGGUCAUCGCGGAGGGCGAAGAAGUGAUAGCGUCUCAGGAAAGGCUGGCCGUGCCUGACGAGGCGGACUCGGAUGCGCUGGUCAUGGGGAGCAAGAAGGGGAAAGCCCGACUCUCGCCCAUAAUACCGCCCGUCGAGCUCGUCGUCCGCAUAGCGGGUGUCGCGACUCCAGGCGAGACAGAAGGGAACGCAGAGAGCAGCUCCGAAGGGACGACACUCAAGACGCCCCCACAUGAGCAAGAGGACGGCGAGACUAGGGAAGAGAACGAAAAGACGAUCAAAUUGAUUUACGAUCUCCUUCAGCCUCUGCUUCGGCUAUAUCGCAAUGGUCAUAUCCAGUCCUCAGAUCCCGUUUACUUGCCGCCCAUCAACUACUCGCAACUACCCACAUGUCUGCGUCCGCAGGGCGACCUGCAGAAACGGCGGAAUGUCUGGUCGCUCGGCGGGCGGGUGUUGAAGCAGCUGCUGGGGCUCAAGAUCAUGCGAGCUGGGAUGAAUGACAGGCGGGGCCUUGUCAGACGGAGGAAAGGUGUAGAGGUUAUGGCGAGAUACAUCCUGGCAAUGACUGGCCCAUCUGCCGAGUCCGAAGCGCAUUAUCGCCAAAUCAUCUCUCUCGGGCAUAGCGGUCUAGAGUACCCCGACGAGAUCGUCCGACACGCUGCCAAGCACCUCGACAUUAUCAACUCCCCGCCUGUGGAUACACCCCCUCUCACGCCUUAUACCUCCCGCCGCCCAGAAUAUCCCUUCCCCCACAUGGCGCCGUCUCCGGACUUCCUCAAGGCCCCAAAACGCUCCUUCACCUCCCCAUCCCGCAUCAAGCCCUCGCAAACCCGCGUCUCCCGUCAUGUUCAGCAAGCAUCCAUCUCGUCUAUCCGCACAACGUGCUCCACGCGGAUUAUGGGGACUUCGAUCAAGUCGUUCCCGUCCAUCCCGUCCUUGGCGGAGGCUAGCAGCAAGGUGGAGGUCAAUGCAGUGGCCAAUUCGGACGGGGCCGUCAGGGCUGUGGAUACGCUACGUCGGGUGCAUGCACAAUCGUCCAGAGAUAAAUUCUCGCCGCCAUCUUCGCCGCCAAUCGCUUCCCCCGAUCCGGAAGCGGCGGAUGAAGCCAACGCCAUGGCGACACCCAUCAUCGUCUCUCACCCCGGUGCAUCACCCACAAAGGCAGCCGCUGCACGGCCCCCAAUACCCACCAUCCGUACUGUCGCGUCCACGCCGACGUUUGGCUCUCUUCGCCAAUCGCCUCACAUUCCCAAUUCUUCGGGCCAUCUCACUCCUCGACCGUUCGACAACCUUCAUGCGGACAUCAACACCACCAUCGACCCGGCACUGGCCGCGGCCGAGCUAGCGAGCACCUUGACUAGGCGCGUCAAGUGUGGCGUAUGCCGGACGGAGGGGAUCAACUUUCCGGAAUGUAGGCGAUGCGGGAUCGUGUUCUGCUCCAGAGAGUGCAGGGUCGGGGCGGAUAAGGCGGGUGAUGGGAAGAGGCAUGUUUGUGGGGCGUGGGAGGGGAGAAGGGGGCUGUGCGUCCCAGAGAGGGUGGAUGGCAGACAGGCGCGGACUGCUGAGGCGCCCAGGCAGGUCAUGGCGUGCUGA